GCGGUCAUACCAUGGAAAUGAUACAACUUUUAUGUAAAGUUGACUUCAAUUCACUAUAUCGACCACGAAUGUAUAUAGUAGCCCAAGGUGAUAAUUUAAGCUCUGACAAAAUAAGAGCAAGUCGUAAUGUUGGUCAAUCAUGGUUAUCGACUCCUUUUAGUGUUUUUAAUUCAUUAUUUGCAUGCAUUAAAAUUAUAUUACUUGAUUUACCUGAUCUGAUAAUAUGUAAUGGACCUGGAAGCUGUAUUCCUGUUUGCGUAAUAUCUUAUAUCCCACGAAUACUUGGUAUAAAAUGGAUCAAAUUGAUAUAUGUGGAGUCUUUUGCUCGUGUUCGAACAUUGUCUUUAUCUGGAAAAUUGUUAUUAAGAUUCGUUGAUAGAUUUAUCGUUCAAUGGCCAUAUCUUGAACAAAAAUAUCCUCAGGCUGAAUAUAGAGGAAUACUGGUGUAA